UAAAACGAUAGAAUUUUUCUAUGUUGUAAAUGUAAUUUGUAUGUGUAUAUUUAGACUCUUAACGUACGAUAACUGCAAAUCAUGGCAGAUUCUAUAGCGAGUUCUAGAUCUAAACGGCAGAAAGUAGAUAAACAUGGUCGUAUGUCAGCUUUCGAAAGGCUGAAGCAACUAAAAGGAAAAGGAUCAAAACAUAAAUAUGAUGUGGAUGAAAUGGACAACGUGUAUGAUACAGUGGACGAGUCGGAGUACAGCGAACGUGUAUUGCAAAGGCAGGAAGAUGAUUGGAUUGAAGAUGAUGGCACAGGCUAUGUGGAAGAUGGAAGGGAAAUAUUUGAUGAUGAUGAGAUUGGGGACUCCUAUGUUGCAACAGACAGUAAGGAAUCUGGACGUGGACAAAAGAGAAAGGCCAGAGUUGCACCACAGCCUUCUGGAAAAGGCAACAUUAGAAACCUUUUAGGAUCCAUGCCAACCAAGAAGAAAGAGGAUGUUAAAAUAUCAGAAGAUAAUAUACUAUCCGAUAUCAUGUCAGAUUUGGAUGGUAGUGCAGCAUCCUUAGUGGUCAAGCCUAAGCUGAUUGUUCCAACCAAAACUAACAUUAUUGAAUCAAGCAAAAGAGAUGCACAAAAUUACUUCAAAAGCCUUUCAUCUUCAGUGAAAAAACCUAGUCUAGUGGUUAAAACUGAAGUGUCAUCUGAUGAACCUAAAAAGGCAGCUGAGGAGAAAAAUAAUUCUGAGAAACAACCUAAUGGCCAUGCUGUAUCAAAGAAACCUGAAUGGAAAAUAGACAGAGAAAUAAAACAAGAAGUUGAAGACUCGGCCACUCAAAACAUAGAAGAGUUUCCCUCACAAGACAUUGAUUUUAGUGAUGACUUUAGCAAUGAUGCAAUGUUAUGUGAAGUUAAGGAAGUUAAGGAGGAAGCAAGUGCCCCUAAAACACUUUCUAAUGUAAUAAAAGGACACACUUCAAGUGUCUCUAAUACUCCUAAUACAAUAACAGAUGUGGCUGAGGAGUUUAUGAAUGAAGAUUUUGAAAUCUUUCCUGCAAAAAAUGUCAAGGAUGAAUUGAAACCUUUAAUCAGUAAUUGGGCAGACCAAAGUGAAAAUCAAGUUUUAGCAGCAGUACAAACAGACGGCCAACUACCUCUACAGACCAAUAAAGAAGGAGAGAAGGUAUUAAAAUUCUACUGGCUGGAUGCUUGGGAAGAUAGAUAUGUAAAGCCAGGUGUUGUAUACCUGUUUGGUAAAGUGUAUGUGAAUCCAUCGAAUAAGAAAGCUGGAUGUGCUUCAUGCUGUUUGGUUGUUAAGAAUGUUAAUAGACAAUUGUUUCUUCUACCUAGAGAAUAUAAACUGGACCCAAUAACCCUAGAGCCAACGGACCAAGAGGUGACAAUGAUGGAUGUGUACCAAGAAUUCAAUACUGCAGUGGCCAGUGAGUUAGGUCUCAAGGAGUUCAAGUCACGGAAGGUCACUAAGAACUACUGCUUCAGUCUGCCUGAUAUACCAGCUCAGUGCGAUUACUUGGAAGUUAAAUAUUCCGCCACCAUAGCUCCACCGCCAACCAACAAAAAGUACCUAACAUUCUCGCACGCUUUUGGCACAAACACGUCUGCAUUGGAAACAUUUCUACUAGAGAGGAAAAUCAAGGGGCCAUGUUGGCUGGAAGUGAAACAAGUGGAAAAUGUACAAGCUAAAGUCUCCUGGUGCAAAAUGGAGGCAGCCUGCGAUAAAAUAGAGCAUGUGAAUGUGAUUAGGAAUGACAGCGAUUUGGAGCCCCCACCGAUUGUUAUUGCAGCUCUGAAUAUGAGAACAACUACUGAUCCAAAAACGAAUAAAACUAAAAUAUUGAUGCUCAGCUGUCUGUCACACAACUCUUUUCCUAUACACAAGCCACCACCAAGCCCACCGUUCAAUCAACAUUUUUGCGUUAUGACGAAAUGCAACGAAAUUUGGCCACUUGAUCUAAAACAGCAUUUACCUCAAUAUAAAGCUACUAAACUAACCAAAUGCGAUACGGAGAGAGAACUUCUAAAUUACUUUAUGGUACAAUUCUGGAAGUUAGAUCCAGAUUUGGUCGUCGGUCAUGACUUGCAAGGCUUUCAGCAGGACUUGCUUAUUGGGAAUAUACUAGAUUUGCAUAUACCGAAUUGGUCCCGACUAGGUCGGCUUAAAAGAUCUGUAGCUCCUCAAAAAAAGUUCGCAGCGAGGGAUGCUUUCUUGGGUAGAUUAGUUUGCGAUAUUAAACUCUCCGCUAUGGAACUUAUUCGAGCUCGAAGCUUUGAUCUUGAUACUUUAUGUGUCAAUGUUCUGAAGAUAAAAGAAGGCGAACGCGUUGAUGUUGCUCUUGAGGAUUUGCCACGGUAUUACGAGAGCAGUAAUGAUCUUUUACAACUUGUAACAUUGAGUAUGCAAGAUGCGUCUUACAUACUAAAAAUGAUGUGUGAACUCAAUGUAAUUCCUUUGGCCCUACAAAUUACCCAGAUUGCUGGUAAUGUCAUGUCUCGAACUCUAAUGGGGGGUAGAUCAGAGAGGAAUGAGUUUCUACUCCUUCAUGCUUUUACUGAGAAACAGUACAUUGUACCUGAUAAAGUUUAUGGAAAGAAAACAACAACCGACGACGCGGAUGUAGAAGAAAACGGCGACGGAUCGAAUAACGUUAGUAAAAAACAAGGAAAGAAAAAAGCAGCGUAUUCAGGGGGUCUUGUACUAGAUCCUAAAAAAGGAUUCUAUGAUAAGCUAAUUCUUCUUAUGGACUUUAACUCCCUCUAUCCCAGCAUAAUUCAAGAGUACAAUAUUUGCUUUACAACGAUUAAACGACGAAAUGGCGCAGUCUCUGACGACGACAUUAAUAAUCUUGUUUUGCCUGGUAGUAAUACUGAUUUUGGUGUUCUACCUACACAGAUUAGAAAACUAGUGGAAAGUAGACGAGAAGUGAAAAAGUUGAUGAAAUCACCCGAUUUGCCAUCGGAACAGUACAUGCAGUAUAACAUUAGGCAGACGGCCUUGAAACUCACGGCCAAUUCUAUGUAUGGAUGCUUAGGUUUUACUCAUUCAAGGUUUUAUGCAAAACCAUUAGCGGCGUUGGUGACGAUGAAGGGAAGAGAAAUUCUAAUGGACACUAAAGAAAUUGUACAGAAAUUAAAUUAUGAGGUUGUUUAUGGAGAUACCGACAGCUUGAUGAUAAAUACGAACUGCCUAGAUUACGAUUACGUAUUUAAGAUCGGUAAUGAUCUCAAGAGAGAGAUUAACAAAAAGUAUAAACAGAUCGAAUUGGAUAUUGAUGGAGUUUUCAAAUACCUUCUUCUCCUCAAGAAAAAAAAGUAUGCUGCAGUGGUUAUAAGUAAGAAUAAAAAUGGUGAGUUUGUUUGCAUCCAAGAGCAUAAGGGUUUAGAUAUUGUAAGACGUGAUUGGUCACAGUUGGCCGCUGAAGCGGGAAAGUUUAUUUUAAGCCAAAUUCUUUCUGAACAGUCAGCCGACGAAAGACUCGAAAGUAUUCAGAACCAUUUAAGUAAACUCAAAGAAGAUUUAAUGAACAGUAAAAUACCGCUUUCCCUGUUAACAAUUACUAAGCAACUGACUAAAAACCCUAGCGAAUACGCUGAUAAAAAUACCCAGCCUCACGUUCAAGUAGCUUUAAGAUUGAAUAGCAAGAAUAGUAGACGGUUCAAGAAAGGGGAUAUAGUGCCUUACAUAAUUUGCGAGGAUUUAACAGCCAAUUCUGCAACACAAAGAGCUUAUCACGUAGAGGAGUUAAAGAACUCUGAACACCUCAAAGUCGAUUACAGAUAUUACCUAGCACAUCAGCUACAUCCAGUCAUAUCCCGUAUUUGCGAGCCAAUCGAAGGAAUGGACCCCGCUAGGGUUGCCGACUGCCUUGGCUUAGACCCUUCCGGUUACCGGCAAAUGAUUAAAAAAGAAAACUCUAAUCCUGAACAGUAUGAAGUGGAAAGCGAUCAGGAAAAAUAUAGAUAUUGUAAAGACUUCACGUUCGUUUGUGUUAAUGAAGGCUGCAAAACAGAAAAUAAAAUAAGGGAGACAUUUACAAAGUUGGAGAAAGAGCAUAUUUCGUUUUUGGAGCGAUGCCAGAACGAAAAAUGCCCUGUAAAGCCUAUUGAUUAUUUGGCAUGUAUACAGAACCAGUUAACUUUACAAAUACGUCAGUACCAUAACCUUUAUUACGCGGGGUGGAUAUCUUGCGAGGACCCCGCUUGUGGUUACCGCACUGUACGUUUGCCGCAAUCAUUUGCAAGCGGCUACCCACUUUGCAGGCAGUGCGAGAAGGGAGUCAUGUUUAGAGAAUACACUGAGAAGGAUGUUUAUCUGCAGAUUAACUUCUUCCUCUUUUUGUUUGAUCUCAACAAAAAUGCCUCCAAAUCUAAAGUGGCCCCCCAGAUUGUUGCAGCAUACCAAGUACUCAAAGAAAUGGUAGAGGAUGUUUUAGCGCAUUCCGCAUACUCCAUUAUCAACUUAUCUAAAUUAUUUAGAUUCUUUGCAUUGGAUAAGAAAGGUGGAGGUAAAAUGGAGCCUGAACCAAUUGAAAUAGAUAUUCUACCAGAAACUGAACACGUCGAUGCUUUGAUGGAAAUGGGAACAUAUUAAUGCUAAUUUCUGUUUAAUUUGUUAUGUAAAUAAAUGAUUACUUUGUAAAUGUAAAAAUAUGUAAGUUAAAUUAAUAUUAAAUCUGAGGACUAUCUUCUUCAUAAAUAUACCUUAUAUAGAAUAAUAAAAUUGGGAAUGUCGAUGAGGUUGACCUGUUACCACAUUUUAUGCUGGGAAAUCUUCACCAAUAGAAGUAGAUAGUAAUAAAUAAAAACAGUUUUAUUAAAA